AUGAGCAAUCUCGCACCCAUCGUCAUCUCGGGCCCCAGUGGAACCGGCAAGUCCACUCUUCUCAAGCGACUGCUGGCCGAAUACCCCGACCGGUUCGGCUUCUCCAUUUCCUACACCACCCGAAAGCCCCGAGACGGAGAAGUCGACGGCAAGGACUACAACUUUGUGACUGUGGACCAGUUCAAAAAGCUGAUUGAGGAUGGAGCCUUCAUCGAAUGGGCCCAGUUCGGAGGCAACUACUACGGCACCGCCGUCGCCGGAGUCAAGAAGGUGGCCGACAACAACCAGCAGUGCAUUCUCGACAUUGAUAUGCAGGGAGUCAAGGCCGUCAAGAAGUCCGAUCUCAAGGCCCGAUACCUUUUUGUCGCUCCUCCUUCCAUCGAGGAGCUGCGAUCUCGACUCACCGGCCGAGGAACGGAGACCGACGAGUCUCUGGAGAAGCGUCUGGCUGCUGCCGAGGGAGAGCUCGCCUACUCCAAGGAGCCUGGAGCCCAUGAUCUUGUCAUUGUUAACGAUGAUCUCGACAAGGCCUACAAGCAGUUCAAGCAGUUUAUUGUUGGAGAGUAA